AUGACUGUUUCUCCAAGGGAUGCUUUGCUCAUAAUUGAAGAUUCUGUUCAAACACAUUUAAGAAAUGGGACUAAUGUUACUAGAACUAUGAACGCUUUUAUGAUUUAUCGAAAUGAAUACAAACAUAUGCACCCAAAUAAUAACUCGUGUAGAAAUUUAUCAAAAUUGGCAGCCGAACUUUGGAGUAAGGAGCCAGAAGAUGUUAAAAGUUAUUACAAGAGAAUAGCCAAACAGGUUAAAGAACGCUAUAAAAAAAUUUCCCCUACCCAAUUUUUCAACCUUGGAACAUUCAAUCAAGUUUCUACAAAUGAUAACAGCAUCUCGCUAGAAACCAGUUACUCGAUUCCUCAAAAUACGAUUCAAAACUCCUCAGUUACCACCUACAAUAAUUUUCCAAUUCUUAAUAUGAAUGAUAACUCUGCUUAUUCCAAUUCUCAAUUUAUGAAUAUGGAGACCCCUCUGGACAUGGCCUUUCCAUCUAAUAUGAAUUUAAAAAUUCAGAAUAAGCUUCCUGAAAGUUUAUUUUCGGAAAACCCUUCGGUUAGUGAUGUCUAUAAUCCUCAAAUAUCCAAUUUUGAUCCUUCGGUAAAUGUCAAUUCCUCGCUUCUAAACGACGCUUCCUGCUCUGAUCCUCAACAUAUUUACCCUGAUCUUCAAUUUGUGAAUAUCAAUAGUCAACACGAGGGACAGUUCUCGGUCUUGCCUACAUUUGACUAG